AUGAGAGAUCGACAGGACUCUGCCAACAGUCCCGUUCUGACUCAGCCAUCCCUGAACCUCAACCCCUUCGUCCAGUACAGUCCCGGAGAUGACAACAUCUUCGCCAACGACGACAUCUCCGUCAACGAGGACAUCGAGGCAGAGCCAGCCGCUUCAACAGACCCAUUCGGAAAGGCAAUGGUCGUUACUACAGGCUCAGUUAAAACCGCGCAGUCAGAUAUCUCGACAGAACUUAUCUUGGCCAGAAUAGCCUCGCUAGAGGAGAUGGUGCAUAAAAACUCAACAAAAUCACACGCAUACAGACAUUUCCACUACAGUAAAAACCAGUCAACUAAAGCUGACAGUAACAACCAGUCAACUAAAGCUGACAGUAAUAACCAGUCAACUAAAGCUGACAGUAAUAACCAGUCAACUAAAGCUGACAGUAAUAACCGGCCAAAUAAAGCUGACAGUAAUAACCAGUCAACUAAAGCUGACAGUAAUAACCGGCCAACUGAAGCUGACAGUAAUAACCAGUCAACUAAAGCUGACAGUAAUAACCGGCCAACUGAAGCUGACAGUAAUAACCAGUCAACUAAAGCUGACAGUAAUAACCGGCCAACUGAAGCUGACAGUAAUAACCAGUCAACUAAAGCUGACAGUAAUAACCGGCCAACUAAAGCUGACAGUAAUAACCAGUCAACGAAAGCCGAUAGUGACAACCAGUCAACUAAAGCCGACAUUAAUAACCGGUCAACAAAAGCCGACGGUAACAACCAGUCAACGAAAGCGGACAGUAACAACCAGUCAACUAAAGCCGACAGUAACAACCAGUCAACUAAAGCUGAGAGUUACAACCGGUCAACUAAAGCCGACAGUAAUAACCAGUCAACUAAAGCCGACAGUAAUAACCAGUCAACUAAAGCCGACAGUAAUAACCAGUCAACUAAAGCCGACAGUAACAAUCAGUCAACAAAAGCUGACAGUAAUAACCAGUCAACUAAAGCUGACAGUAAUAACCGGCCAACUGAAGCUGACAGUAAUAACCAGUCAACUAAAGCUGACAGUAAUAACCGGCCAACUGAAGCUGACAGUAAUAACCAGUCAACUAAAGCUGACAGUAAUAACCGGCCAACUGAAGCUGACAGUAAUAACCAGUCAACUAAAGCUGACAGUAAUAACCGGCCAACUGAAGCUGACAGUAAUAACCAGUCAACUAAAGCUGACAGUAAUAACCGGCCAACUAAAGCUGACAGUAAUAACCAGUCAACUAAAGCUGACAGUAAUAACCGGCCAACUGAAGCUGACAGUAAUAACCAGUCAACUAAAGCUGACAGUAAUAACCGGUCAACUAAAGCUGACAGUAAUAACCAGUCAACGAAAGCUGACAGUAAUAACCAGUCAACGAAAGCUUUAGAUGACUGGAUGUUACUGUCAGCUUUAGUUGACUGGUUUUUACUGUAG